UCAAAAAAACACUGUCUCUCAUCCUGUGCAAAACAUUUACAACAACACAUCCUAAAGGUGUUGAACAGGAAAUCUCAACAGGAAAUUCGUACAUCUUCAGUCUUGAAAGUAACGCUGACAACUAUGAAACUCAUUCUGUGGUGCUUUUUCUGCUUCAGUUUAAAUUUUGCUGCCGAAUGCCAAGAGAUUCUAUAUGGAUUGCAUGGAAAACCAAUCCAUCUGAGGAUCAGCCUCAGAAAUCAGUCCCUGCAGAAAAAGGACAUCACAUGGCGACGAUUCAACAAGCAGCAGUUACUUGCAAGCUCUAAAGGAAUUCACCCUGAUUUGCAGAAGAGGAUGACGUUUAACUCUUCAGAUUUGUCUUUGACCAUAAAUAAGCUUAAUGAAAGUGACAGUGGAUUAUACGAGGCCCUUCUGAACUGGGAAAAAGACACAGUGGCUGCAUACACAAUAAUAGUGGAAAACACCAUCUCCGAGCCUGUAAUCAAGGUGCAUGACUUUAAUUCGUCCACCGGGGAGUGUUUGGCCACAGUGAACUGCUCAGUGGACGGCAGCUGGGCCACGUAUGACUGCCAAAAGAGUCACUGUACGGAGACACAGUCCUCCCUGUCCUCCAUUAGCAUCACUGUCACUGCAGCGGACCGAGGGAUCCAGUGCCACGUCAACAACCACGUCAGCAGGAAUCAUUCAGAGGCUCCAAACAUUGCGUGCCAUGAAAAGCAGCACAGUGAAUUGCAACCUCCCCCACCGCUCAUGUUUUGGGUCGUUAUCGGGGUCUGUGUCGUGGUUUUGCUGGGCUUGAUAAUGACUUUGAUAGGAGUAAUUGUCAAGAAAAGAAACUCCUCAAAAAUUCAUCCACAGUCUCAGACGACUCACAGAAUUGUGCAGAGUCCCUCGACAUCUUCAGAAAACAACCCAGUAGCAACAAUUUAUGAUGUUCCUGUCCGACAUCCCAAGGCUCCUCGAGCAGACAGUGAGGAGGUGAUGACAGAAAACAAAGAGGAACCGCAGCCCGGACUCGACCGAACGCUUAAAGUAAGAGCGACAGUUCACCAGACUGAAGACGAUGAUCCAGGAAAGAUCAAUACGGUUUACUGCAAACUAGGAGAAAUCUGACCAGACCCCUCACCUCACUGAAGCCAUACAACU